AUGGAAAAAUAUUUGAAAUUAAAACGGCCUUCUGAAAGUGCAGCUGCUGAUGAAAAUGAAGCUGAAGAAGACGCAGUAUGUAUGCCCGAAACCUUCGCUCCUAAGAAAAAAGAUCCUAAGCGAAAAUAUGACGAGGCAUACCUGAAAUUUGGAUUCAUUGCAACUGGAUCGGAUGAGCUUCAACAGCCACAAUGCGUUAUAUGUUCGGAAGUUUUGGCCAGUGCUAGCAUGAAGCCGUCCAAAUUAAUCAGGCAUCAGAACACCAAACACUUGGAAACUAAAGGUAAACCCAUUGAAUUUUUUCAGCGAAAACGCGAUGAAUUGCAGAAACAGAAGAGUCGAUUUAUAAAAUGUGCAACCAUUAAUACGAGCGCCGUUACAGCAUCUUAUAAAGUGGCAUUACGCAUUGCAAAGGCCAAAAAGCCGCACACUAUUGCUGAAGAAUUAAUUCUUCCGUCUGCCUUCGAUAUGGUGCAGGCCAUUUUAGGAGAAAAGGCCAAACAGUUGCGCACCAUUCCGCUGUCUAAUGACACUAUUAGCAGACGCAUUGCAGACAUGUCAGCUGAUGUCAAUGAGCAACUUGUUAAAAUGCUGAAAACCAGUAAAAUCUUUGCAAUACAGUUGGACGAAUCAACAGAUGUUGCCAACUGUGCAAUGCUCAUGGUUUAUGUUCGUUUUGUAAACGUGGCUGAAGCAUGUGUUGACGAGCAGUUCAUGUUUUGCAAUGAACUAUCAACUCGAACGACAUCCGAAGAAAUUUUUAAAGUACUGGACAAGUUCAUUACAGAAAAUGGUUUGAAUUGGGAUAACUGCAUUGGAAUUACAACAGAUGGAGCAGCUGCCAUGACAGGGAAGAAAUCAGGUUUGGUUCAACGAGUAAAACACAUGGCUCCAAAAGCUGUGUCGUAUCACUGUUUCAUACACCGAGAGGCUUUGGCAGCCAAGGAAUUGAGCGAAGACCUGCACAACGUUCUUGCCAGUGGAGUGAAAAUGGUGAAUUUCAUCAAAGCUAGUGCUUUGAAUACACGCCUGUUUGAAGUACUGUGUUCAGAAAUGGGGUCAGAACAUGUUCACCUGCUCCUUCACACAGAGGUGCGCUGGUUAUCAAGAGGAAGAAUUCUUCAGAGAUUGUAUGAAUUGCGAAGUGAAGUGUUUCAGUUUCUGUCCAGCAAGAACUCUCCACUGGCUGCUCAUUUGGUUGACACAGAAUGGCUGGCAAAGUUGGCUUAUCUCGUUGGCGAUUUGGCGCACUCAACGACUUGA